AUGAGUCCUACUCACAGAAGUUCCUCAGUUCCCCCGCGUUGGCCCUCGCCUUGGAUCUAUAUUCCACAAUUUAGCGAUGUGGCUAGCCCAGGAUAUCCAGCCAGCUUUCACGAUUCCAGCACAACAUAUUCCGCCGGUCUUGCUAACCCAUUGUCUAGUGGUUCUAAGAAAUCUCUAAAUGUCGAAUCCCCAUCAUUUACUCCUACUCAACUUGGAGGCAAGAAGUCUAACUUCUCGACGAAUGCUACACCUUUUACACCCCGGGCUACAACUUCGACCUUACAACAAGAUACGGGGGCCUCGCUGUAUAAAUCGGCACCGUUUCCGGAUUUUACUCCCCAAAACUAUGAUCUAAAUACCGCCACUGCAAGCAACGGUUCAGCGGAUGGCGGGUCCCUAGGCUAUGAUCCGUUUACCAUGUCUAGCGUAAAUCAGGCGAUCCCUUCAACACAGUAUAAUCCAUACGCCGAUGAUCACAACGCCUUGGCCGGAGCAGGUGCGCCAUAUUAUACCGCUCAAAAUUCUUAUGCGGCCCCGUCUCAACCUCUUCAAUAUCAUCUCUACUACCCUAUCACUACGGGGAGAGAGAGUAUGCAGCCUUACCAGCGACAGGUAUAUGACUUAUUCCUUCCAGAAUCUCUCAGAGAAGACCUUCAGAAAAAGUCUGAAGCUACUAGACAAGUCCUUCCUAGUCAACCUGGAGUACAGCUGCCCUCUCUCCAACAUUAUCAUUCUCUCGUUCCUUUAGAUACCAAAAUUCGAAGCACAGCUAGUACUUUUGGCCUUCCGAGUUGGGUAUUCAAAGCAACCUCUCGCAAGAAUGGGAACACAUUCUGCUUGCGACGAAUCGAAGGAUUUCGCCUCACCAAUGAGGAAGCUAUUAAAGCUGUGAAUUCGUGGAAGAAGAUUAUACAUCCCAAUAUAGUCACUACGAUUGAAGCAUUCACUACAAGAGACUUCAACGACAGUUCCCUUGUAUUCGUUCACAAUUAUCACCCUCUCUCAAAGACGCUAGCGGAGCAUCACUUUCCCACCAACCGCUUCGGCCGGCCGGCAACCGUAUCAGAGAGGGUAUUAUGGAGCUAUCUUGUCCAGCUAGCUAGCGCUCUUAAGGCAAUCCACAAGGCUAAACUUGCAGCGCGGUGCGUCGACAUCAACAAAGUAAUUUUGACGGAUAAAAAUCGCAUUAGGCUUAGUGCAUGUUCGAUUCUAGACGUUCUGCACUUUGAAGUACCUCGUCGACUUGAGGAGCUACAGCAGGAGGAUUUCUUUAGCCUAGGACGACUCAUCCUGAGCAUUGCAACGAACACCCCACCACGAAAUCUUGGUGACCUACGCCUACCCCUUGAGCAGCUAGGUAGAGCGUAUUCCCCGGAAUUAAAGGAGAGGAUAUCUUGGCUACUUAGCCCACCACAAAACGUACCGACAAAGACUGCAGAGCAUCUAGUAUACGAUCUCGCUCAGCAUAUGGAUGAUGCCCUGGUGGCAUCAUUCAAUGCCCAGGACGAGGUUACCGCUCACUUAGGCAGAGAACUCGAGAAUGGCCGAUUGGUGCGAUUGAUGGCGAAGUUGGGCUCUAUCAACGAACGACCAGAGUUUGAUAAUGACCCCAACUGGGCUGAGACAUCGGAACGUUAUACUUUGAAGCUCUUCCGAGACUAUGUCUUCCAUCAGGUUGACGCCCAAGGAAAUCCGGUCGUCGAUCUAGGCCACAUCGUUAGCUGCUUAAAUAAGCUAGACGCCGGUAUCGAUGAAAGGAUUUAUCUCACUAGUAGGGACCACCAAUCGACAUUCGUAGUCUCAUAUAAAGAGUUGAAGAAGCAGGCCCAGAGUGCGUUUAGCGACCUACUUAAGGGAGCUAAUAAGCCACAGGCCACCCGCUACUAG